AAGGUAGACUAUAUUGCACACCGAGCGAGUGCUAUAAAUUUCUUUAUAAAAUAUUCAUCGUGUCACUUGAAUACAAAGAUAAAGGAUUAGGGUUUAUACGCAGAGGAGGAAAUAAAUUUAGUAAUCUCGUCUUUUGGAACUGUUGGAAGAUAUUUAGCAGGUUUUGAACUUUUGAGUACUAUGGAUGGACCUGCAGUGCCUGAACCUGUCGGUUACAUUUGUGGAGACUGUGGAGCUGAGAAUGCACUGAAGCCUGGCGAUGUAAUCCAGUGCAGAGAAUGUGGUUACCGUAUCUUGUACAAGAAACGCACAAGGAGGAUUGUUCAAUACGAAGCUCGCUGAACUGAUUCCAUAGAGUCUGGAUUAUUGUGGGCAAAUUUUGAAUCAUGUUUGAUCUUGUGGAUAAAAUUGUAAAUGAAAAAUAAUUCUUGUUUUACGAUACAAAACUUUAUACAGAUUGACUCAGUAUAUAGUUCUUUGCAAGCCCUCAGUCUUGUGUAGGGUUAUUUUGACUCAGUAUAUAGUUCUUUGCAAGCCCUCAGUCUUGUGUCGGGUUAUUUUGAAGAACAUUGUUAUAUUUGGACCGUUUUUAAUGAUGUUUCUCUCAUCUACUUUGAGCAAUCAUACUGGGGAUAAACAAUACAUAAUUUUUAUUAUAUAGAGCUAAGGAAACUUUCAUAAAGAAAGUUUUAAUGGUCCUCUAUUUCUAAUCACUUUAUAUUAAGAUUAUUGAACUUGAUUGAAUGAAGCA